CUCCCAAGCCUUUUAAGAGCAAAAAAUGUAUUAAAGUGUAUGUAGUUUAAAGUAUUUAUGUCUUUACCCAUCCCUCUGAAAAUCUGCAUGGUGGGUUCCCUAAAAUGAACAGAGUGGAGAUAGUAAUGCCAUCUAUUGCUUAUAAGCAAGGAUAUUUCUCAUUCAGUUAAAAGAAGAAAUAAAUGUUUAUGUUGUUGGUUUGUCUGCUUUAGUUGCUAUCAACUGCUAUCAAGCUGUUGUUUAAAUACAUGGGCUUUUCUAGAAAGAUCACAAAGAAUACAGAGUCAUCAGGCCUUGAAACUAUGCAGAACUUGAGUUUCACCCACUGCAUCUCCUUCAGUUACCUUGACUCAAACACCCUCAUAGGAAGUCCUUCCUUCUUUCAGUCUUCCUCAGCUUUGGAUACCAAGACUUUCCCACAUAAUAGUUAUUUCCGUAUUCAAUAACAGCUGUCACUGGUUCUCUAAAUUUUCUCUUUCUCCACUUUCAACUCAAAGUUCCUUCAAUCCAUCAUUUUUGCAGCACAAUUUCAAGACCCCUUUACCAUUUUGAUUGUUCUUCUCUGGACAGCCUCUAAUAUGUAAGUUUCCCUCCCAAAUUCAGACCCCUAAUACAAAAAUUUUUCCUUGUGUUUCCCUUUGGGGGUGAUAUAAGGGGGUGGAAUUCAAAGAAAGGUUCCUUUGGAUUUGUGGUCGUGACAUUUCUUAGCCAUGCUGAGAUCUGAGGCAUGUUAGCCCUUCUGUUUCCAGUUAUAGAAUAUAGAUAAAAAUGAGUCAAUAAGAGAAAGUCUUUGGAAUUUAAAAAUAUCCUCAUGGGAUUCUUAAGAGGUUCAGAUACUUUGAGAAAGUCAAUUGACCUGCUAAUACUUCUAAUUUCAGAGCAUCUUCAAAGAAAGAAUACAUGCCUGAGCAUCUGAAAUGUGUCCAUUCAAAAAACGUUUAUUAAGGACUCAUAUAAAUCAGGAACUAUCAGAUUUUAGAGAUAUAAAAAUCAAUAAAACAUCAUUUUAGCCUUGAGGAACUCACAGACCAAUAGGGAAGGCAGCAGUAAAUAAGUCACUAAUAACAUGGUGUGGCCAGCACUUCAGUAGAGGCGUGUUCAAGGCACCAAAAAAGUAGACAGCACGGUGUGGGGUGUCCCCUGCUCCAGUCUUACAUAUCUGUCAUCAAAGCAUUUCUUUAGUUUGUGCAUAUUGCCAACAUGUAUGUGCAGUGUAUUGUAGACGCUGCUUAAAGAGGUUUAUGUAUGUCAUCUCAUUUAUGUCAACCUCUAUUGGUCCUGUCAUGGACUUCAUUAAAAAUGGGGAAAAUAGGCAGAGAUUAAAUGCCUUGCCUAAGGUCACAGUAAGUGUUGGAGCCAGAAUUCAAACCUAAGAUAUUUGCUCUAAACUAAUGCUCUGUACCACCUUUCUCAGAGUGAGAUUUAAUCUGGAACAGUGGUUCUCACCCAGGGGUGAUUUUGCCUCUGGCAAUGUCUACAGACAAUUUUGAUUGUCAUAACUGGCCUCUAGUAACACAGGUCAGGGAUGCUGCUAAACAUCCUCUGACACAUAAGACAGCCCCCGAGAAAAGAAUUAUCUGACCUUGAAUGUCAGUAGUGCCGAGGUUGAGAAACUUGGCUCUGGAGCUCAGGUAAUACUUUCUUUGUGUCAGUCUUUAAAAAACAACUUUUCAACUACUUGAAAAAAGAUAUGGCUUAGUAUGGACCAAAAUAUACUGGACUAAGCCCCUAAGUUCCUGGCGAAGUGUAUUUUGUCACUUGUAAAAUUGAGGAAAUACUGCUUUUUUUGUCCACCUUUGUAGAUUUCAAGGAUCUGAGGAGGUGCGGUGAGACUAUGAGGAGAUAAUGCAUUAAAAAGCCAUGUGCAAGAAUUUGUCAUAAAAAAUUGUUAGAGUCCUUGGGGUGAAAAUAUUUCUGGGGGUGGUGGGAUCACAAGAAUUGGAUAAAGAUCCUAAAGUGGACUUGUCAGCUGAACACCAACCUCCCCUUCUCAGCACCUUCGUAUUUCUGUGAGCAUGUUCCCAGUAUUUACUGGAUGAACUAAACCAUUUUUUACAUGUUUUUGUUUAUAUGUAUGUAUUUUUUAAAUUUAGCAUCUUUGCCAUGUUGCACCAGAUUUAAGGCAGUUAGGUUUUUUCUUUACAUACUUUUACACCAGCAUAUGUGGGUUUGGGGAGUUAUUUGAAUACCAUGCCUUUCUUCAAAAUGAAUAACCAUAACAUUGAUUCAACGUCCUCUUCCUUCCUUCCUUUCAAGCUCUAACACAGUUGGAAGGAAAAUAAUUCUAGCAUUUGUUCAAUAAAUAAGUGUAGUUACAGGUAGUGGUUGGCCAUUUCCUAGGUAUGUCAUUGCCGUCCAUGAAGCCAAACAGGUAUGCACUGUAGUAAUUCAUCAAAUGGAUGUAAACUCAUAAAUUUAGUUCACUGAGGUUUCAGGUGAGUUCGGCAUCCCACUGGCGUGCUUUUCCUACACAAAAGCAGCGUCUCAGCAGGGUCAUUACUGACUUCCUUGCAGUGUUUUAAUGGUGAUCCGUCCUGCAGUGAAUCACGACCACUCUUCAGGUGUGCGCAGCGCGCUUCCUGGUGCUGCGGAGCCGUAGGGCGAUUUAUUUAUUUAUUUCAGGGGACCGAUCCAUUCGGGGCUCCGGCCUGGGGGCGCGGCGGAGGCGGGAGAUGCUGGCAUCCUGCUUGGCCGGCCGCGUGCAGGUCUCCGCCGGCUCCCUUUCCCGGGAGGCCCCGCUCCCCGGGGACCCUCUGCCUCUGGGGAAGGGUCCCUUCCGCGCAGCGUCAGCCAGGCUGAGCCUCCAUCCACGGGGGUCUGGCUCAAGUCCGCCCAUAGGCCAAAUUUCUAGAAGUGCUUUUAACUUUCCUUUUUUUUUUUUUUGAGGAUGGGGAGAAGAGGAGCUCUUUCUAUUUAAAUUCUUCUCCCUGUAUGUAGACACCAAGAGGAAACGGCACUGGGCAUGUUCGGAUAUUGAAUGGCUUGCUGAUAAGCAACAGCCUCCCGGAACCAAAGACUUAAAUAGUCGUCUCCCCACCCAACCCCCCGCAGGAGUUGCAAAUGGUAUCUGCCAAACAGAUGACAAAGUACGUUGGACUGAAUCACACUCAGACAGCGUUUUGAGCAGAACGCACGGCCCAACUCCUGUAAUUACUGUUUAUAGCUGGCCCAGGCUGACCAGGAGAGGGCAAACUCAAGAGGAAAUAAAGUUUCCUGAACCUUGGAGAAAUGGCUGUGUGUUAAGUAAAGGCUGGGGCGGGUACUUCUUAGACAUGCUCCAAGUUGUUCUUGAGAGCACAGUUCACAGCACGUUUCUUCUGGAGGAGUGAGGGGAUAAUUGGGAUCUUUUUUUCCCUUUUUUCCUUUUUUCAACCCCCACCUCUUUCUUCCCCCAACUCCUGUUUUGGCCCUGUGGCCUUGAACCCAACGUACUGAAUUGAAGAGAGAAAGAAAUGGAUAUGUCUGACCCCAAUUUUUGGACUGUGCUCUCAAACUUUACUUUGCCUCAUUUGAGGAGAGGGAACAGGCUUCGGCGAACACAAAGUUGCCGAACAAGCAACCGGAAAAGCUUGAUCGGCAAUGGGCAGUCACCAGCGUUGCCUCGGCCACACUCACCUCUCUCUGCUCAUGCAGGAAAUAGCCCUCAAGAUAGUCCAAGAAAUUUCUCCCCCAGUGCCUCAGCCCAUUUUUCAUUUGCACGGAGGACUGAUGGACGCCGCUGGUCCUUGGCUUCUCUCCCCUCCUCUGGCUAUGGGACAAACACGCCCAGCUCUACCGUCUCUUCAUCCUGUUCCUCCCAGGAGAAGUUACAUCAGUUACCAUACCAACCAACGGCAGAUGAAUUACACUUCUUAUCGAAACAUUUUUGUACUACUGAAAGCAUUGCCGCGGAAAACAGAUGCAGGAACACACCCAUGCGCCCCCGUUCCCGAAGUCUGAGCCCUGGACGUUCUCCCGCCUGCUGUGACCAUGAAAUAAUUAUGAUGAACCAUGUCUACAAAGAAAGGUUCCCAAAGGCUACAGCUCAGAUGGAAGAACGUCUUAAGGACAUUAUCACCAGCUACUCUCCCGACCAUGUUCUUCCUCUAGCAGAUGGAGUGCUUAGUUUCACUCAUCACCAGAUUAUUGAACUGGCUCGAGAUUGCUUGGAUAAAUCCCACCAGGGUCUCAUCACCUCACGAUACUUCCUUGAAUUGCAGCACAAAUUAGACAAACUGCUACAGGAGGCACAUGACCGUUCAGAGAGUGGAGAAUUGGCGUUUAUCAAACAGCUAGUUCGAAAGAUCCUGAUUGUUAUUGCCCGCCCUGCUCGGUUAUUAGAGUGCCUGGAAUUUGAUCCUGAGGAAUUUUACUACCUAUUGGAAGCAGCAGAAGGCCAUGCAAAAGAAGGACAGGGUAUUAAAACUGACAUUCCCAGGUACAUCAUUAGCCAGCUGGGGCUCAAUAAGGAUCCUUUGGAAGAAAUGGCUCAGUUGGGAAACUAUGAUAGUGGGACAGCAGAAACACCAGAAACAGAUGAAUCAGUGAGUAGCUCUAAUGCUUCCCUGAAACUUCAAAGGAAACCUCGGGAAAGUGAUUUUGAAACGAUUAAAUUGAUUAGCAAUGGAGCCUAUGGGGCAGUCUAUUUUGUUCGGCAUAAGGAAUCUCGACAGAGGUUUGCCAUGAAGAAGAUCAAUAAACAGAACCUCAUCCUCCGAAACCAGAUCCAGCAGGCCUUUGUGGAACGGGACAUACUGACUUUUGCGGAGAACCCCUUUGUAGUCAGCAUGUAUUGUUCCUUUGAAACAAGGCGCCACUUGUGCAUGGUCAUGGAGUACGUGGAAGGGGGUGACUGUGCUACAUUAAUGAAGAACAUGGGUCCUCUCCCUGUGGAUAUGGCCAGGAUGUAUUUUGCUGAAACGGUUCUGGCCUUGGAAUAUCUACAUAAUUAUGGAAUUGUACACAGGGAUUUGAAACCAGACAAUUUGUUGGUCACCUCCAUGGGACACAUAAAGCUGACAGAUUUCGGAUUAUCCAAGGUGGGGCUCAUGAGCAUGACUACCAAUCUGUAUGAGGGUCAUAUUGAGAAGGAUGCUCGAGAGUUCUUGGACAAACAGGUCUGUGGCACGCCUGAGUACAUUGCACCAGAAGUGAUUCUGAGGCAGGGCUAUGGGAAGCCAGUGGACUGGUGGGCCAUGGGGAUCAUCCUCUAUGAAUUUCUGGUCGGAUGUGUGCCAUUCUUUGGAGACACUCCAGAGGAGCUGUUUGGACAAGUCAUCAGUGAUGAGAUUAACUGGCCUGAAAAGGAUGAGGCGCCACCACCCGAUGCCCAGGAUCUGAUUACCUUGCUUCUCAGGCAGAAUCCCCUGGAGAGACUCGGAACAGGUGGUGCCUAUGAAGUCAAACAGCAUCGAUUCUUCCGUUCUUUAGACUGGAACAGUUUGCUGAGACAGAAGGCAGAAUUUAUUCCCCAACUGGAAUCUGAAGAUGACACAAGUUAUUUUGAUACUCGGUCUGAGAAGUAUCAUCACAUGGAGACUGAGGAAGAAGAUGACACAAAUGAUGAAGACUUUACUGUGGAAAUAAGGCAGUUUUCCUCGUGUUCACAUAGGUUUUCAAAAGUUUUCAGCAGUAUAGAUCGAGUAACUCAGAAUCCAGGAGAAGAGAAGGAAGACCCUGGGGACAAAACCAAAAGCACGACUCUGCCGUCUACAGAAACAUUAAGCUGGAGUUCGGAAUACUCUGAAAUGCAACAGUUAUCCACAUCCAACUCUUCAGAUACUGAAAGCAACAGACAGAGACUCAGUUCUGGCCUGCUUCCCAAACUGGCCAUUUCAGCAGAGACAGAACAACGUGAAGCUGCUCCCUGCCCCGGAGACCUCCACGAGUUGCUGGAAAAGCCAGCCCUCCCACCUGCAGAGUGUGCCCAGGAGGAGCCUGAAGUCACCACCCCCGCCAGCACCAUCAGCAGCUCCACCCUGUCAGUUGGCAGUUUUUCAGAGCACUUGGAUCAGAUAAAUGGACGAAGCGAGUGUGUGGACAGUACAGAUAAUUCCUCAAAGCCAUCCAGUGAACCCACUUCUCACGUGGCUCGGCAGCGAUUAGAAAGCACAGAAAAAAAGAAAAUCUCGGGGAAAGUGACCAAGUCCCUUUCUGCCAGUGCUCUGUCCCUCAUGAUCCCAGGAGAUAUGUUUUCUGUUUCUCCACUGGGGAGUCCGAUGUCUCCUCAUUCCCUGUCCUCAGACCCUUCUUCUUCACGGGAUUCUUCUCCUAGCCGAGAUUCUUCAGCGGCUUCGGCCAGUCCACAUCAGCCCAUUGUGAUCCACAGUUCAGGGAAGAACUAUGGUUUCACCAUCCGAGCCAUCCGGGUAUAUGUGGGAGACAGCGACAUCUACACGGUGCACCAUAUCGUUUGGAAUGUAGAAGAAGGAAGUCCAGCAGGCCAGGCAGGACUGAAGGCUGGAGAUCUGAUCACACACAUCAAUGGAGAACCGGUGCAUGGGCUUGUCCACACGGAAGUUAUAGAGCUCUUGCUAAAGAGUGGAAAUAAGGUGUCAAUCACUACAACCCCAUUUGAAAACACAUCCAUCAAAACAGGACCAGCAAGGAGAAACAGCUAUAAGAGCCGGAUGGUGAGGCGGAGCAAGAAAUCCAAGAAGAAAGAAAGUCUAGAAAGGAGGAGAUCCCUUUUCAAAAAACUAGCCAAGCAACCUUCUCCCUUACUCCACACCAGCCGAAGUUUCUCCUGCCUGAACCGGUCCCUGUCAUCGGGGGAGAGCCUCCCGGGGUCCCCCACUCACAGCUUGUCUCCACGAUCCCCAACGCCCAGCUAUCGCUCCACCCCCGACUUCCCGUCUGGUACUAACUCCUCCCAGAGCAGCUCCCCAAGUUCUAGUGCCCCCAAUUCCCCAGCAGGCUCAGGACACGUCCGGCCCAGCACCCUCCAUGGUCUGGCCCCCAAACUCAGCGGACAGCGAUACCGGUCUGGAAGGCGUAAGUCAGCGGGCAGCAUCCCGCUCUCCCCGUUGGCCCGCACACCCUCUCCAACUCCUCAGCCCACUUCCCCUCAGCGGUCACCUUCACCUCUGUUGGGACACUCACUUGGCAAUUCCAAGAUCGCGCAAGCCUUUCCCAGCAAAAUGCACUCGCCUCCCACCAUCGUCAGACACAUCGUCAGGCCCAAGAGCGCAGAGCCCCCGCGGUCCCCGCUGCUCAAGCGCGUGCAGUCGGAGGAGAAGCUCUCGCCGUCCUAUGGCAGUGACAAGAAGCACCUGUGUUCCCGCAAGCACAGCCUGGAGGUGACCCAGGAAGAGGUGCAGCGGGAGCAGUCCCAGCGGGAAGUGACGUUGCAGAGCCUGGAGGAGAACGUGUGUGACGCGCCUUCGCUCAGCCGGGCCAGGCCGGUGGAACAGGGCUGCCUGAAACGCCCCGUCUCCCGGAAGCUGGGAAGGCAGGAGUCCGUGGACGACCUGGACCGAGAGAAGCUGAAGGCUAAGGUGGUGGUGAAGAAACCAGAUGGCUUCCCGGAGAAACAGGAAUCCCAACAGAAAUCCCAUGGACUUGGUAGUGAUUUGGAAAACUUCUCUGCUUUCAGGCUUGAAGAGAGAGAGAAGAAAAUAUAUCCAAAGGCUUUAGAAAGGUCAAGCCAUUUUGAAAACAAAGCAGCUCUGCAGGAGGCCCAGGCCCUGGGCAGCCUGCUGAAGGGCACGCUUCACAAGCAGGCCAGCGUGCGGGCCAGUGAGGGUGGAACCGGGGAUAGGGCAGCCGCUGGCUGUGGCCUGGCACCGAGGGAUCACAGCCGGGGCACCUGUGAUUUCAAACGGGCCUCUGCUCCCAGUGCCCUCCAAGAAAGUCUGUGUCACCCCACAGACAGAUCCUCCCCCGGGAAGGGCGAGAACAAAGAAAAGGCCUCCCAGGCCAAGGAGUGUCUCCGCUGUGAGAAGUUAGACAGCAAGCUGGCCAACCUUGAUUACCUCCGAAAGAAAGUGUCACUUGAAGAGAAAGAUGAUAACCUCUGCCCUGCGCUCAAGCCCAAGAUGACGUCUAGUGCCCAUGAAUGCCUGCCAGGGAACCCAGUCCGGCCUGUGGCUGGGCAGCAGGAAGCCCCACCAGCCUCUGAGAGCCGAUCAUUCAUCAACAGUGCCCAUGCAGCUCAGAUUAGUGCCAUCUCUUUUGUCCCCAUCAAGGCCUUGGCUGGCCGGGUAGACAGUGGAGCAGAGAAGCCAAGCCUGGUUGCUCCUGAAUCACCUGUCCGGAAAAGCUCCUCUGAAUAUAAGCUGGACGGUAGGUCUGUGUCGUGCCUGAAGCCAAUUGAGGGCACUCUGGACAUUGCUCUCUUGUCUGGGCCUCAGGCCUCCAAGACAGAGCUGCCUUCCCCAGAGCCUGCACUGAGCCCCAGCCCAGGCUGUGAAGUGAGGCCCUCUGUGCCACCGGCUCUCCCCAGCGGUGGGGGGAAGAAGGGUGAAACUGUGGGUCAAAGGGAGCCUUCCCCUGCCAACUUCAAGAUGAAUAAAUCCUACUUGCUUGAGCCUCGCUUCCCACCACCCAGCCAGGGGCUCCAGAGGCCACCAGCGGCUCCCCUGCCUGCCCCAGAGCUAACACGGGACAGGACAGUUUCCCACGCUGCCGGGAGCCCGGUGGCCAGCAUGGAAAGCAACCGGCCGCAGAGAGAGGGCGGCCCCAGCAGGCAGCGCGACUGCAGCCGCGACAUGAAGCUCCUCCCCUUUCUGGGGCAGAGCCUACACUGUGCUGACGGAUCCAGGCCAUGCAGCACGCUGCCACCUGGAGGUACCCCUACCCCGGAGAAGCCAAACAUGAGAGAAUCGUUGGAAAGGGGCCUUCCCACAGCCAGAAGUGAGCGGUCUGCUGCAAGCGCUGAUGUCCGCAGAGACCCUUCCUUGGAGCUAUGUCUUCCAGAUGCUGCUAAAACCAGCGACACCUCCAAAGGUCUCCCCUCUGUGGGAAGGGCCCACCCAGACUUCUGCGCACAGACCCAGGCCAUGGAGAAAGUGUGGGGGCCUUGUGGGAAAACAGGCCACAAAGAUGGCCGAGAUGAGCGGAGGCCACCGGCCAGAGGGGACUCCUCUUUAAGCUCAGCCCAGACUCCUUGUGAGAGGGAGCCGGGCAGGGGAAGAAGGGGAAUAGAACCCAAGCCGGAAGCCCCUGCUGGGCCAUCUCUGCAGGCACCUGGCACUGAGAGUGGGAAGGAUGACCUGCUCUCCAGUUUCCCACCUCUGCAGAAAGACAGUCCCAAGGAAGCAGAAAGGAAGGACCAGCCUCUACAGAAGCAUCUCAGCAGUAUCUCUCAGUCCCCAUCAAUCACCAAAGAACUGCCUGGCCUGGCUGCUUGGCAGCAUUGCAGUUCACCAAGCCCGACUUCAGGCAGAGAGCAGGGAGGCAAGCCUCCUUGUCCCGCAGAACCCAGCCUGGGCCUCCAGGGCCCUCCUAAGCCUGCUGCUGUGCACAGUGAAAGCAGCAGCCAGAAGCCUAGGCCUGGCCCUGACCCAGGCCCUCCAAAGUCUAAGCACCCAGACCGGCCCCUCUCCUCCCAGAAGCCGAGCAUUGGGGCUGCAGUGGGCAAAGAGCCUGUUCCUCAGCCCCCCAGUGGCCCCAGCCGAGAGGGAAAAGGCAGCAAUAAGGGUGUAUUGGACAUGCUCCCCGCCCUCUCAGGCUCCCAGAACACAGCUAGCAAUGUGUCAGCCCCACUGCACAAUGAAGGGGGUCCUUUAGACACCAAGUUGAAACCCACCAGUGGGGAGCAUCCCCCCGAGAUGGUGGAGAAGCCUGUCCAUCUGCCACGGCAAGGACACCCAGGGCUUAGUGAGUUGGUAGACCAGAAACUUCCCACUGUCAAUGAAAAACAAAAUCUGUCUCCAAAGCACCCCAAACCGUCCACUGUGAGAGAUUGCCCCCCUCUGUGCAAACAGACAGACAAGAGCCCAAGUCUGCAGGCCAGCAUCACAGACAGGAAGUCGGAGGGGAAGAAAUGCACAGAAGCACUUUAUGUUCCAGCAGACAGCGGGAAGCUGGAGGCCACCCUGUCCCUAGCACCCGGGGAGGCCAGGCUGAAAGGCACAGAGAGGCCGGCAACGACCGGGAAAGGGCUGCCAGAGGCCAAGGGGAAAGGGCUCAGUCCCCAGAAGCCACUGACUGAGGCAGGCAAGCCCAGCAGCAUGAAGCGGUCCCCCUCAGCCACUGGGCAGAGUUCUUUCCGCUCCCCUGACCUCCCGGAGAAGCCUCUGAGCUGCUCCUCUAGCUUUCCUGGGGCCAGACCAGGAGUGCAGGAGGCCUCUACAACCAGCAACAGCACCUCUUCUGCCAAGACCAAUGGGGCCGCAGCUGAGCCCACAGCCUCCAGCUGCAGGGACCAUAGGAAGGCCCUGCCUGGGGGAGAAGGCAGAACCCAGAUGACAAAGAGUGACUCCUUGCCGUCCUUUCGGAGCUCCACCCUCACUCUGGAGCUACACCAGCCCAGCCCAAAUGUGGGGGGGGGCUCUGGCCUCCAGGACAGGGCCCUCUCAGUAACUGCCACCCUAGGAGAAGCCAAAGGGAAAGAACCUGCUCUAGGCCAGCCACCUCAGACUAGGAAGCAGAAUGUGGGCAGAGAGGUGACCAAGCCAUCCCCUGCUCCAAAUGGGGACCGUCCGGUCGCUCUGCCUUCCGAGAAAGACUCUGUGGUCCGGCAGAGGCGGGGCAAAGAGAGUUGGCGGAGCAGCCCUCACAAAAAGGCCUUGUAAUGGGGCAGGCCCCAGGGCGGGACUGGGGAGACACGACCUGAAUGUGUAACUGAGUCUUGACUACCUUCUGAAACCAGCAUUGUGUGGGACUGGCCGCCAGUCAGAGCCUGGAGCCUCACAGAUGAAGGGAGAGAAAAGGAAGAGCCAGAAAGAGGGGACCUUCUUCCAAAUGCCUUCCCAAUUGUAACCGGUAAAACUGUUACCAGAUAGUGUUUGUACAAAAAGAAAAAAAUCUUUGCUGUUGAGGGUCAUUGAGGAAAAAGAUUGUCUCUGUAAAUACCUAGCAAUGUGUUUGGUUUGGGAUGUAGAGUCUAUACUUUGCUGCUGAUGGUGUCAUUUACUACAGCUUUUUUUUUUAGUAAGAUUUUUGCUUUACCACUUACCAUAAUGUAGUAAUGAAGCAAAAUGGUUAAAACUGGGUGUAUGUGAAAGUACGGAUACACCCAUAUCCGUAUAUAUACACAUCUACCCACAUGUUUUGGUCCGUGGUUUAAGGGAAUAUUUCAAGGCUACGUUUUUCUAAGUUAAAACAUUAUACAUAGAGUUAAAGCUGAAAGAAAGCCCUGAAUACAGUAGAUGGUGAGGUUUUAUGUGUAUUUUUAAACAAGAUUUUGAUAGUACUAUAUCUGGCUACCUGUAUUUCCAGCUCUUAAAGCAAGAGCUACUCUAAUCGCUGCAUUUGGAAUUCCCCUUUCAUUAGUAAUGGCCGAACAAAUGGAGCUAGCCGUUUGCAUUUGAGUGAUUCUAAUGGACAUUUUGAUCCUGGGUCCAGCUGUCUGAAAGGCUAGCUGUCCUUGCCCAUGGGUGUGUAUGUCAGGUGUUCACCCUAGGUUUAGCGGGGGCUAUAAACACAUGUCGUUUCAUUUCUGUUCUCUUGCUUUCCCUUCUUUUCAUGCUCUUAAGCUCAGGCCUUUAUGCUAUGAGUCACUAGUCCAAGAAGCACACAUUUUGUAGUAGUCCUGCACCAGCCCUGCUCUUGAAUGCAAAGGAAAAUUACUGGCUGCACACAAAUCCACUAGUACUUAGGUUGAGUAAUAAGCAUCAGGCAUUGGAAGAAGUUUUAAAUUUGCUUUUCUGAGGAAGUGGGGGUGGAUUUUGGCAUCAUAGCAUAUAUAUUAAGGAAUAAUCAGGACAUCAGAUACAUUUUAAUACAUAGCUGGGGCCUUAUGUUGUAGAUGAAGCUUGCUGUUUUUAGCAAGUUCCUGGGUUUCACAUUCAUUUCUGAUGCAUCAAGUAGCUCCGUACAUUUCAUAACAUGAUCUCUUUAUUUGUAUGCAAAGAAAAAAUAUUAAUAAAGAGCAGCAUUUUUGUAACAAAAAAGACUUACUGGAGCUAUUUGGUGCUUGAAUGUGACUGUCCUUUUUACUUUUGCUAAGCCUUAUUUAAAUGUUGUAUACCAUGGAAUAUGUAGAAUUUGUCAAAUCAUUUUAGUGCUGCGGGGGGGUUUUUUGUUUGUUUCUGUUGGCAUUUUCCUGGUGACUUGUUUUGUAUUGUAAGACUGCACUCACAGACAUAAGUACUAAGGCACUAAGAGAAAAGACACACAGGUAAGUAUUUAUAAGGUGCUUGGGAUCCAUAGCAGAAUUUUUGUUCUAUUUUAUUUUGUAAGAGAAAAAAAUUACCACUAAAUACUAAUCCAGCACCCAAACUCCCUCGGGAAUGUCUUGGUAUCUUCCAGCUAUAAAAUUGUUCCUCCACGCACAGCAUCAUAUUACAGCCUGUGGAUUGUAAAUCAUUUAGCGAGGCUGUAAAUUCUGCUCCAAAAACAAGGGCGUAACAUAGCAACCGCUUGGCUGUCCUUCAUUGUAAAAUAAACUGGCAAUGGCAACAAAGGAGUGUCCUCUUUGCCUUUAAUGUUUCUUCUCCAUGCAGUUUUAGCCACUCCCAUCACUGUCUUGUAAAACUGUAGGAGAAACAAGUAUUUUAGAUGAACUUAAAUGGGUUUUAAAAGUGGUCUCAACGUUUAUAAUUCAUAUCUGUGUUUGGCGGUUGUCAUAACCCAUUCCUUCUGCACUCAGACAUCACCACAGGUCUAUUGGGGAUGUAGUUCAUGGUUUACAGCCUUUGCUUUGUUAACUGUCCAGUUUCCUUUAAAGCACAACUAGCUGCUUGUUUACAAAUGAUAUUUUUAUGUAUAUUUUGUACAGUGUGUUGUCAUUUUUGCCAAAUAUGUUUUUGCAUUUUGGAUGAGUACAGAGUACUUAAGGUUGCAUUCCUGUAAUGCCUGUUUGUUUUUGUAAACCUCUCCACAAUCAGCUGGUAGAAAUCCUCCUGUGUUCUCUGUGGUCAGUCUCUUGUGAUUGUGAGAUGUGCUCCUUGGUAGUAGUACUCCCAGCUGUAGAUUUACCAGCUUAAAGUUUGUUAGACUCUGUGCAAUAAAGUGUUUGCGGUCUUAUUUUCUCUAAGAUAUUCCCUAUGGAUGUUAUAAUUGUUGUAUAUUGAACAAAUAUUUAUACUUAUGCAGUUGCAUAACACUGAAAUAAAAAUUUAGCAUGAAAAGAUAA